AAUGAAUUAACAGCAAGAAGAAGUAGAAAUUUAUGAUGUCCACAAUUCUGAUAGAAAUUCGGAACAAAUUAGUAAAUCCCUUUUUUCCACUGUAUUUGCUAUAAUUUACAACUUCAGUUGGGGAGCGCUGUUUCUUAUUUUUCGACAUUAUAGUAAUUAGUUUUUGGUUUUAAUUAAGAGAUAAUGCUGAUUGCUAGUUGAUAGAUAAAUGGUCGUUUUACACAGAGAUUGUAUUUUUUGCUAUUGCUGCUUACAAAUUGUAUUUUAUAUACUAAUGUUAGAUUUAUCGAAUUACCGAUUUAAUAUAAGACAAAUGAAUAAUGGAAAAAUUAAUUGUUUGAUAUUGCAGACUAUUUAGAACUGUUUCUUAGCAUAGUUAUUCUUAUUGGAUUGACUGUAAAGAAAUUAAUAAUUUUGUUACUAGUAUGCUUAUCUCUAAAAUGAAGAAUGUUAUCAUCUUAGAAAGUUCGUCUUAGGAUAUUUGUUUAUCACAUACUUAAUACUAAUGAUAUGGUUGAUUUCAUUCAUAUUUAUUCAUUGCAGUAGAGAAGAAUUUAAUCGUAAUUCAUGA